AUGAGCCAUUGUAUAGAAUCAGCUUACAUUAUCGCGACGCUUAUUGGAUGCUUUAUCGCUGCAAGGCUUAUAAAUUUUAUUCUUGACUGGCAGCACAGAAAAAAGCUUGAAAAUGUGGGGAAAGCUAGAUUCGUGUGUGUUAGUGAAAGUUGGAUAGAAUGUAACGGCAGCAGUGAAAUUAAAUCGGAACAUGUGGAUGAAAAUGGAGCGAAAUCCGAGCAUGAAAAUGAAAAUGAAAUCAUAUCCGAAGAUCAUCGGCUUAAAAAGGAUUUAGGAAAUCAGGCUGUUCCAGAAAUUUCCACUAAAUCUAAUGAUCCUGAAAUUCGUGGUCGUUGUUUGAAAGGGAAAAAAAUAUGGAGAAUCGAGGGUACAAAAGUUGUUCUGAGAUUUUCCAGCAAAGAUCUAAAGAAUGAAAUAUUCCAACCACUUGACCAUUCUUUAAAUCUAAUUUCUAAAGUGGAGGAAAAUGUCGAAGUCAGUCGCAGAUCCAUGAAACGAGCACCAUUAUUUGGUCCAAAUGAUAUUAAAAAAGAAAAAAAUGAAUCAAAUAGACCUUUCGAAAGCAAGAAAGGUGCACGAUUAUUUGGCCCCAUCAAACAGAAAGAAACUCAGCCAAGUGGUGAUUUUGGAGAUAAGAAAAACAUACAGUUACAUCGCUCUGGUGACAAAAAACUGAAAAAAAUUGAAUUAAUUGACAAUUCUGAAGAUAAGGAUGGAGCACAAGGAGCACAAUUGUUCGGCCUCACCAAACAGAAAAAAGCGCAGCCAAGUGGUCAUUUUCGAAAUAAGAAUAGCAUACAAUUAAUUCGCCUUGAUCACAAGAACCAGAAAUUUGAGAUAUUCGACGAAUUUGAAGGCGAAAGGAUGAGAGUUAUGUCUAGUAUUAAUGAUAGUGGAAAGGAAAAAGCUGGAUUUACCGCUGAUUCUAAGGAAUGCAAUGAAAAUGCACCACCUCCUAGUCCUAUUGACAGCAAAGAGGAAAAAACUAAAGAAAUUAAGGAAGGCAUACAAUUGUUUGAUCCUAGUGGCACCAAAGAGAAAAAAACUGAAUCAACCAGCGAUUCUGAAAGCAAUAAAAAUAUAUCACCACCUAGUGCUAUUGAUAGGAAAGAGGAAAAAACAGAAGAAACUAAAAAAGGCACACCAUUAUUUGGUCCUAGUAGCGCCGAAGAGAAAAAAACUGAAUCAACCAGCGAAUUUGAGUGCAAUAAAAUUAUAUCACCACCUUGUCUUGUUGAUAGUAAGAAUGAAAAAACUGAAUUUUCGCCUGCCGAUUUUGAAGAUGUUAAUGAUAUGGAAGUUGAUUGCAGUAAAAGUUUUCAUAAAAAAGGAAAUACUCCGUUAACAAAAGUUAUGAGACUCUGCAAUGAACAAAUUACCGUAAACCUCGUUGAUAAUCUUCCUGGAGAAGAUGAUUUCAUUAAUAAACCUCAUAUUUCCAGUUAUAAUGUUGAAGAACGGCACAAAUGGCCACGUCGAGAAGUUGAGAAUAAGUGA